GAGGAGCAGGAAGGCUGAAGAAGGGUCUCGGCCCGAAACGUCAGCAUUCUUGCUUCUCUGAUGCUGCUUGGCCUGCUGUCUUCAUCCAGCUCUACACCUUGUUAUCCCCGUCUGUUUCCCACGAUCUGCGUCAUUUCCGGUAGUUGCGCUGUGGUAGGUUCCUGUGAGAGAGCGUGUGUGGAGCGGUUCGGUCUGCCAGAUGUGCACCACCAAUCCUGUAAUCGUUGUGCAUGGAGGUUGCGGAAGAUAUCCAGAGGGCCGUAAGGAAGCGUGUCUGCUGGAAGUUAAGAAGGCUGCUGUGCAUGGUUAUCGCCGCUUUCAUCACGGGGGUAGUGCCCUAGAUGUGGUGGAAGAGGCUUCAGUCAUGUUGGAGAACUGCCCUUUAUUUAAUGCUGGUUGUGGAUCUAUGCUUAAUGAAUGUGGUGAAGUUGAAGUUGAUGCCAUUAUCAUGGAUGGGAAAAGUCUGGAUGCUGGAGCAGUUGCUGCUGUCAGAAACAUAGCUAAUCCAACCAAGCUUGCCCGACUGGUUAUGGAACAGACCAGUCAUGUUAUGCUGAGUGACCGAGGCGCAUCGCGAUUUGCUAAAACAGUGGGGUUUCCAGAAGUCCCAAUGGAGUCUUUGAUUACAGAACGUUCGAGGAAACGGUGGCAGCAAAACCUCCAAGCAGCUUCCUCCCCGGUGGAUUCACAGAUUGAUCAUGGGACAAUUGGUGCUGUUGCAUUAGACUGUUUUGGGAACGUGGCCUGUGCCACCUCCACUGGAGGCCUAACCAACACCUUAAUUGGCCGGAUUGGUGAUACCCCCUGCAUAGGAAGUGGAAGCUAUGCUGAUAACCUGAGUGGUGCAGUCUCUGCCACAGGAAAAGGAGAGGCAAUUAUGAAGAUUACCCUAGCCAGACUGAUUGUUUUUUACCUGGAACAAGGAUGAAGGCGUCGUUGGCUA